CCAGCGAAUCAUGGCUUCAUCGUCCAACUGGGCUCUGUUUCCUCCCAAUUUUUGAACUAAACAGUAUCAUUACUGAUUACUGUACUGAGCAUCACCGAUUCUCCCACCAAAAUUGCAUUUCUCCUUCUUUUUCCUGCGUCUGAACUCUGAACCCUCUUCUUCUACUUACUAUUCAUUGUCACUCUCACUUCCCAAUGCCCACCAAUUCUUGCUUCAUCUUUUUCACCAUCAUCUCCUUCUUCGUCAUCACGAGCAUGGUUUGUAGGGUUCGAGCAGUGGGUGUGAACUGGGGUACUUUAGCAUCCCACCCUCUUCCGCCUCCAAAGGUGGUGAGCCUCUUGAAGUCCAACAAUAUCAACAAGGUCAAGCUCAUUGAUGCUGACUCAAACGUUCUUCAAGCGCUUUCCGGGUCUAACAUUGGCGUCACUGUGGGUAUUCCUAACUCUAUGCUUAGAGGCUUGAACUCUUCCAAGAAGGCUGCUGACAGCUGGGUCCAUGAUAAUGUGACUCGCUACUUUCUUAAUGGGGGCAGUGGAGUUCGAAUCGAAUAUGUUGCUGUGGGUGAUGAACCAUUUCUCCAAUGCUAUGGUGAGCAAUUUCAUCCCUUUGUCAUCGGAGCAGUUACAAACAUUCAUUCGGCUUUAGCGAGAGCGAAAUUGGAUAGCAAAGUGAAAGUUGUGGUUCCAUUCAGUUUUGACAAUUUCCAGUCAGAAUCUAACCUUCCCUCUAAAGCCUAUUUCAGACCUGACCUCAACAAAACCAUGAUUGAACUCUUGUCAUUUCUUAAUAAGCAUGAGUCCCCUUUCUUUGUGAGUAUUUCUCCUUUCCUAGAACACCUUCAGAACAAAAACAUAUCGCUGGACUUUGCGCUCUUUAAAGAAACAGCACACAUUCGCAACGAUAACCAUAGAGCAUACAAAAACAGCUUUGACUUGAGCUAUGAUACAGUGGUGACUGCAUUAUCAGGCGCAGGAUUUCCAAAUAUGGACGUUAUCAUGGCGAAGAUUGGUUGGCCAACAGAUGGAGCAGUCAAUGCAACUUCAUACCUUGCAGAGACCUUCAUGAAGGGUUUGAUGAACCACCUUCAUAGCAACUUGGGUACCCCGCUUAAACCUCGGCAUCCACUCACCGAAACAUACCUAUUUAGCCUUCUCGACGAGGACCAAAGGAGCAUUGCUUCUGGAAACUAUGAGAGGCACUGGGGUAUAUUCACUUUUGAUGGCCAAGCAAAGUACCAGGUGGAUCUUGGUCAAGGUCCAUCAAAGAGCCUUGUGAAUGCACAAAAUGUUGAGUAUCUUUCUUCCAAGUGGUGCGUGGUGAACAAUAAUGAAAUUAUGCCAUGAGAUUGGGCAAAGUGACUUUUUUAAUCUUCUCCCCUCUAUUACUAACAUUCAGCUUGGCUGUUUUGAUCAAAUUUAGAUGGCCCGGGAUCCUUUUUUUUUA